AUGAAGGAAGAAAGGAAGAGGAAAAGGGCAGGGAAGAAGGUGGAGUGUAGUAGUAAGGCCGAUGAUGAUCGAAUGAGGACUAGAGAAAGAGAGUCGGCGGCGGCGGUGGUGGUUCCAUCUCCGACGGAGGAGGAGGUUGACGAAUUCUUUAGUAUUUUAAGAAGGAUGCGGUUGGCCGCCAACUACUUUCACAAAGGUAAUUUUAGCACUAAAGAUGGCGGCAGCAAUGGGCGGCAGGAUACGCCGAUAGCUGUGGACGGAUCGAAGUCCGUUGCCGGAACUGGAUUAGAUCUUAACGCUGUUCCAGAGGCGGAGAUUAAUAGUUUAUAG